AUGAGCGCAGUGGAUGAUGUUGCGGCACGAAUACGUCGCCUUGAUGAAAUGCGCUCUCUCAAGACUGCACAAUUACGUCAAUUACAGCAUGAACUUUGUUAUAAUUCAUUAGCAGGUGUAGAUGAACGUUUGGAGAAUGGACGCAGUGUAGCGCGUCUUGAUGUAAAGGUAGAGGCUGGGCGCAAUUUGGUGUUUAAGGCAGGAUUUUUAUCAGGCCAGCGUACGUAUGUUCGUGUUACUGUAGAGGUGGUGAUUAAUAGUCAAAAGGGCAAACAAAUGCAUGGAAGUACAAUUAUGGAGCAGAAAUUUACGACAAAGAGACCAGUCGGGUCUACACCAAGAUGGAACGAAACCUUGUCAUUUGAAGGACUUCCAGCUGCCGUGGGAACAGUAAAAAUUGAAAUCAUGCAAGAAGAAAAGAUUGGAUCUGAUGAAGUGGUUGGAAGUAUAGUUAUGCCAUUGGCUAGACUACAAGACCAGCGUUUGAUGGAAAGAUGGCAUGUACUUGACAAGACUACAGCAAGCGAACUUUUGCUUGGAUGUAAAUUCAGUCGAUCUCCAAUAUCUGCCCUCCAAUUGGAAUUGGAAUUACUUCAGAAUCAAUCAAAUGAACUGCAUUUAUUCGUUGGACGACAUCAAAAUUUGGUCGAGGUGCCAAAAAGCUCAAUUACAUUGCAGUCAAAACCUUUGCAAGGCAAGGAAGUUGUUCCUGAGGAGACGCCUGAACAGGCAGCGUCAACCAGAUUUUCAGCCGUAGCUUCGUUCCCACCUGUUAUGCGAAAACGAGAAUUCGUCGAAAAUGUAUCAAUGAAUAUUGAAAUGCACGAAGCACCAAGAGUCAAGAGACAACGAUACGCUGAAAAUACAGAAAAGCAAGUCAGCUCCCUCUCGGAUCGCAUAGCCAAUUGGCUGUUGCCAACCACACCUUCAAGUACUUCAACUUUUGCUGCAAAAACAGACAAUUCAAUGCCGUCUCCAAAUCAAUUCUUCCCGUUCAAACAACGACAGGCAACUCCUGCUCCACGACGAUCAAGGCGGACAGGACGAGUCUUCUCUGCCACUUCUCCAAAAACACCAUCAGCACUUCAAGCUAUCGAGAAGUGGCUUUUCACAGAUAAAGAUGGAAACCCUCGAGAUCUUCCAUUUGGACGGCAAACUUCACCUUACUAA